GCAGCUUUGCAGAAAGUGUAGUAGUCUUAGACUGCAGGCUGUGUUAGGGAAAGCUGGAGUGUCGCGCCUCUAGAAGUCUGCAGCAGGGGGCCUGUAGUUCUAAUAAGUGCUGCUCAGCCGGCUCUACUUGGAAAGCUAUUCACACUACUUUUUCAGAGUAACCUUCAUAUUUUUUUUUUAGGUUUUUAUUAAGUCUAUUAUGGCAGCUGCACGUGCAGGAGCUAGAGUAUCUUUGCAAAAGUAUACUUAUACUCCCAUUGAUCAGCUAAAAGAAGGCAAAGUGUUUAAUGUGUACGGUGUUGUAAUUUUUUUCAAGCCUCCUUAUAGAAGCAAAGGAACCGAUCAUUGCUUACUUGUCACAAUUAUGGAUCAAUCAGAGGCCAAGCUGAAGUGUAUGCUUUUUAGUGAAAAUCAAGAAACUCUGCCCAUUGUUUACAAAGUUGGGGAAAUAGUCAGAUUUCAUAGAGUAAAGAUUCAGAAGUUCAAUGAUGAAAUUCAAGGAAUUAAUAGUGGUGGCUUUUCUGCCUUAGUAUUUGAUGGCAUUGUUGGUUCACCAGUAUCUCCAAGGUCUACCAGUAAAUGUUACAACUUUCAUCCAGAUGACGAAAGAUUUGUAGAGGUACUACGGCAGUGGGCAUCGAAUCACCUGAAAGUUUCUGCACCACAGAUAAAAAUUUCAGAUGUUGAGUCUGUUCAGUUUUUUGACUUACUUUGCCAGCUUGUUGGAAAAGCAGAAGUUGACAAUUCUUCCUACCUUAUUAAGGUAUGGGAUGGUACAAAAAUUAGUUCUCCUUCCUGGAAUGUAUUUGUUGAAGAAGCUGCACUUGAAGGAGACCAAGCACUUAUCCAUCAGCGGCAGAGCCUGAUUAUAGAUGUUCUUGUUUAUGAUAAUCAUGUUGAAUCGGCAAAAUCCCUUAAGAUCGGUAGCUAUCUUUUGAUUCAUAAUGUGCACGCCAAGCUACAUACAUCAGGCAAAGAAAAUGAAGCAAAGAAUCCACACAUGGAGUUUCAUCUUCAUGGAGGCACAUGCUUUGGACGAGGCAUUACCGUUUUGCCAGAAAGCAACAGUGAUGUCCAAGGUCUUCAAAGACUUUUAGUUUCUGUUCAUGAAAGCUUGGACAAUAUUGCAUCACAAGAAAUCAUUACCACAUUACACCCUCAAUUAGCUCUCAAAGCUCAACAGGAUUGGCCAAUAACUCCACUAGCAACAGUUCUAAAAAGCAAAGCUCCUCAUAAAUAUCGUAUCCGAGCAAGAUUGAAAAGUUACGAACCACAAAAUCUUUUUCAGUCUGUUAAACUUCAUUGUGUUAAAUGCAACUCAUUACAUGAUGUUCCAGAUGAGGAUACUAUAAAGACUGUUUUGCAAAACAAUUCUGAUUAUGAUUCAGUGGCUGGCAUACAGAGUACAUCUUGGUACCAGUCUGCUGUAUGGAACACAAAUAAUCAGCAAAACCGGCAUAUAGCUAUUCAUUUUGUAAAAAGACAUGACAUUCUGCAGAACCCAGAGGACACAUUAAUUAUGUUACAAGGUGGUACCCUUCAAGAAAUAUACAAACUUUCCAAACAUUUUGACAGUAUAAUCCCUGUAAAAGCCAUUCAAGGAAACCUAGAAAUAGAUAUUUCCAUUCCAUUUCUUAUUCAAGGAAACAGAUGGCACUAUGGAUGCACCAGAUGUUCUAAAAUUAAAAGUACAGAGAUGCUCCGAUCAUUAUCUCAAGAAAUAUCAUGGAAUGCUACAGAAAUUGCAAAAGUCUUGGGUAUUCAACCACUAAGUCACGUUUUCACUCUACAUUUCACAUUUGUGGAUGAAACUGGGAAACUCAAUGCUUUCCUGUGGAACUAUUCUGAGCAGUUUUUUCACAUCUCUGCCUCUGAGAUACUACUGGAUAAUAAACUGCAAGAAAAGUUGUUCAAUAUCAUGGAUACAUUAUGCCCACCAAGAAAAAUUAUUGACAAAAGUCCGUGGUUAGAUUGCUGUAUCAAGUCCUACAAUACCACAAAUGGAGGGAAAAGACAAAUUUGCUAUGAAAUAUUUGACACUGAAGUAGUUGAAGACGACUUAUGAAUUAUCCAUGUUUGACAGGAAAUGUAUUUUAUUUACAUAUGCUGUUCUUGUAUAUAAAACAAUGUAACCCCUCCACUCGCUUUCAUGAGAAAUCUGCAUUGUCUUUAUUAGGUAUAAAGCAGUGUUUAAUGUACGCUUUUUU